AUGGAGGCUUCGGAAAAGUUUGAACAGUUCUCGACGGUCUUUCGGGGCCUGUGCAGUUUCCUCGGGUGCGACGUGAUGAGCGAGUCGUGGCGGAUGGAUUACCGGACGUACUUCAUGCUGUUCCUGUGCGUGGUGUACAGCACCGGCACACUGAACGCGAUCAUCGUUGCCCAGGACCUGUUCGAUCUGCUGAAGGGCUUCUCGUUUAUCGGCUUCUUCUGUCAGAGUUUGGUCAAGCUGUACUACACGAUCCGGUACCAGGAACGGUACCACAUCAACUUCAGCGGUAUCCGGAGUGCGAUCUACGACGGGCACCUGACCGGAACGGAGACCCAGAAGCGGCACAUCUUGGCCGACAUCCAGCUGUUGCAGCUGCUGAUGAAGUGCACGGUGGUGCUCUACAUGUCCACGCUGAUCAUCUUCUCGCUGUACCCGGCCUACAUGUACUUUGUGGUGCACGUCAAGGUGACGAUCCUGCCGCUGGUGCUGCCCGGCAUCGACAUCUACUCGGUGUACGGAUACGGGUUCACCAACGCCGUGCACGUCUUUAUCGCGCUCUGGGGGCUCCUGGGUGCGCUGGUGUCCGAUACGGGCUUCAUGAUGUUCGUGCUCCACUUUCGGACCUACGCCAGUCUGUUCGGCAUCGACUGCGGUGAGUUCGGGAAGGAUCUGGUGAUGGUCGAGAGCGAAGAACUGCCCGAGCAAGAGUACGUGGCGUUCUGCAGGGUCCGCAUGCGAGAGAUCUACCUCCGACAUCAGAACGUCAUCGCGUACGUGUCAUCGCUCAACUUGUGCUACGAAACGAUCUGCUCCGUGCAGCUGGCCACUUGCAGCUUCUCCAUCAUGCUGAACCUAUUCCUGGCACUGACCACCGAUUGGUACGCGACGUACAGCUUCCUGGUGGUGUCGGUUUUUCAACUUUUAAUCUUCUGCAUCCUGGGCGCCGUUAUCCAAGUGACGAACGAUGGCUUGAACCACGAUAUCUCCAGCCUGCCGUUCUACCGGCUGCCACCGGGAGAGCAGCACAUGUUCCGGUUGAUGCUCUUCAGAAGCCAGAACCCGCCGGGACUGUUCGUCCGCGGUGUCGGCCCGCUCAACAUGCAAACGUUCACGGACAUUAUGCAGAAGAUCUACUCGUCGUUCGCCAUGAUGUACAGCUACUUGGAGGAGGUCGGCAACUGA